GAGCGCGCCGGGUGCCGACUGCCCCUUUGGACGCCGGGCGGCGGCCCUGGACGUGCGGGGGCCUCUCUGGGCCGGCCGCGGCGCCUCGGCCCUGCCCUUUAGCUCCCGCGCUCGCUCCCGCCCUCCCGGCUCUCGGGGCGCAGCGCGCGGGCCCGGCCCGGGGCAGGGCGGACAUGGGCGCCAAGCAGAGCGGCCCGGCCGCCGCUAACGGCCGCACGCGCGCGUACUCGGGCUCAGAUCUACCUUCCAGUAGCAGCGGAGGCGCCAAUGGGACCGCGGGCGGCGGCGGGGGCGCUCGGGCCGCCGCCGCGGGGAGGUUCCCGGCUCAGGUGCCCAGCGCGCACCAGCCCAGCGCCUCCGGCAGCGCUGCGGCGGCCGCGGCGGCCCCGGCAGCCCCGGCGGCCCCGCGCAGCCGCUCCCUCGGCGGGGCCGUGGGGAGCGUGGCGUCGGGGGCCCGCGCGGCGCAGUCCCCCUUCAGCAUCCCGAACAGCAGCAGCGGCCCGUACGGCUCGCAGGACUCGGUGCACAGCAGCCCUGAGGACGGCGGCAGCGGCCGGGACCGGCCGGUGGGCGGGAGCCCGGGCGGGCCGCGCCUGGUGAUCGGCUCCUUACCAGCUCACCUCUCGCCGCACAUGUUUGGAGGAUUUAAGUGCCCUGUAUGCUCAAAAUUUGUACCCUCAGAUGAAAUGGAUUUGCAUCUUGUAAUGUGUUUAACAAAGCCACGAAUAACCUAUAAUGAGGAUGUACUGAGUAAAGAUGCUGGGGAAUGUGCAAUAUGCCUUGAAGAAUUGCAGCAGGGAGAUACUAUAGCACGACUGCCUUGUCUAUGCAUAUAUCAUAAAGGCUGCAUAGAUGAAUGGUUUGAAGUAAAUAGAUCUUGCCCUGAGCACCCUUCAGAUUAAGCGUCAGCCUCCUGUUUUAUAGGUUUUCUUGUCUUGACAAGAUGCUUGAAAAACCAAGAGGAUAUGAAGAUCUGUCUCUGGAGAAACAAAGACGCAGGCAUACUCAGCCAGAAAUCUGAGUUUUGUGAGACUUGGUAAUACAGAGAUGGACAAUCGUACUGGGGUAAAAAAACCCUGCUGAAGAGAGGACAGUGACCACAGAACUCAGUGUACCAAACAUGCAUACAAAGGACACACAGGGAUUUUGAAAAUGCUGCACAUCCCUUAAUAGUCAUCUACAUAGGUAAUACUGAUAAACAUUUUGUAUUCAGACGCCAAAGUUAACUGAUUUAAAAGUUGAUUUACUUUUUAUUAAGUUCUCCAGAGCUGCACAACUAGUUAUGUUUUGAUUUGUUUUGUUUUUUAAUUUGGGGUCUCUUUGUUUUCCCCAACAUAAUGUUUCUGCAUUCAUCUGUUCUUAAAUUGAAAAACAUAUAAUUUACUUCUUAUAAAUUAAAGUCUUAAAUGUGAAACCAAGAAAUGUAAUCAAGCAGUAAAAACAUUAUCUGAAUGUAGACCAUGAUCUCAAGUUCUUCCAUUUUUUCCCCCACGAGUGGAAAAUAGACUUCUACAUAGGAAAGCUAAAAUAUGUUAAUAUUUUUAAAUUAAAGGUUUAAUAUCAGAAUGCAGUCCAAAGAGCAAAAUCACAUUACAUAAUUACAUUUUAAUUAAAUAUAGAAUAUUCUACUGAAUUGCAAUUUAUUAAAUAUUCUUCAGCUAAAAUAACUGUUUUAACGGGUAUCUUUUGUUUGUUCUUUUCACUUAAUUAUUUUAUUGUGCUUUGCAUCUCCAGGCAGUUCUCUCACAUUUGGGUAAAAUGUUUAGCAGGCUGUACACUUAAGAAAAGGGUAAAAUAAAAUUUUCUGGAGUGGAACUUGGAAUUUGAGGGAGAUUUUAUAUACCUUUAAAAACUGUAAUUUAAUUGGGAUGCCAGGUUUAUAGCAAUUUGCAUCUUUAAUUUUCCAGAUAAUCUGGAGGUUAGCAUUUGAUAAAUGAUUUUUUAAAGUAGAUAUGAAGAUUUUGUUAAUUUAUAAUUUAUUCAUGUGUUAUUACUGUAAUUGAAAAUGUUAUAGACACUUUUAAAUUCAGUUUGUGUAGAAAGAAAUGUGUUAAACAAAAUUAUGUUAAUAAAUAUUCCCACAUAAUA